AUGUCUAUCAGAGAUGCAACCAUUUCCACACCUUUUCAAUCUAUAAAGAACAGAUCAGAGCAGAGCAAGCCCCAGAGCCUGGAGGGGUUGCAGAGCCCAGGUGCUGAGGAGAGGGCAGCUGCCAUGGCCUCUACUGCCCUCUCUUCCUCCUCUGCUGAGUAUUCCCUGAUCCCAGGACCCCAGGGGGAGGGGACUCCUUUGGGGGCAGAGAGUACACCCCAGAGUCCCCAGGGUGCCUCCUCCUCCCCUCAAGCGGCCAUGUCAGCUGAGGGAACCAGCAGUCAGGAAGGGGCAGGUGAUAGUUCCCCCACCAUCAGGUCUUACAGAGGGUGCAGGCCCAGGAACAAGCUAGAAAACAUAGUGUGGCAUUUGGUCAAUUUUCUGAUCUCCAAGUAUCAGAAUGAGGAGUCUACCAAUAAGGAAGAGAUCGUGGACAAGGUCAUCAGGAGGUAUGAGAAGAACUUCCCCAAGAUCUUCCGGAGAGCUUUGAAGAUCAUGCAGAUGGUCUUUGGUGUGGAAGUGUUCCUGUUCCCCUUGCUCGGGCUCACUUAUGACAAUAGCGUGAAGAGCCAAACCCAGAGCUUCCCCAAGAACGGCCUUCUAAUCACAAUCUUGAGUACCAUUUUCCUGAAAGGCGGCCGUGCCAGUGAGCAGAAGAUCUGGGAGACGCUAGAAGUGAUGGAGGUGCAUGCAGGGCAGGAGCAUAGUAUUUAUGGGGAGCCCCGCAAGCUCAUUCAGGAAUGGAAGCAGUAUGAGUAUUUAAACAUAGAGCCAGUACCCAACAGUCAGACUCCCCGCCAGGGAUUCCUGUGGGGCAAGUGGGCCCGCAGAGAAACCAGCGAGUUCAAAGUCCUGGAGUUCCUAGCCACGGUCAGUGGCACUAGCCUAAAUUCCAUACUCAGUCAGUACUUGCAGGCUCUGAGAGAAGGGACGCACACAGGACCAGUCUCAGAUGAAAUCGAGGUCCUCAGCACCUUGAUAGUAUUCAUUCCACGUAAUAUCCACCGUUUCCUAACUUUUAGAUUCAGGGGUGAAUUUCAUGCUGCUUGA